CUAGCCUCGGCGCCGAGGCCGCGGCUUUUUUGCGUGCCACACAGCAGUCCUGUGCGCUUUUAGAAGCGAUACGCUGACGCCAGACACGCCUCGUGCCAGCGAGCAACGCUCGCCACAAAGCGCGACACCCGGGGGACGUCAUCCAAGGGAGAGCAGCCAAAACACGCCGCCGCGGCGAGAGGAGCGGAGCCAAACGAGAGAGCAGCCAAAAGCCAAAAAACACGCCGUCGCCGCGAUGCCGAGACCCGAGUUCUACCUCCGCUACUACGUGGGCCACCGCGGCAAGUUCGGCCACGAGUUCAUGGAGUUCGAGUUCGCUUCCACUGGUAAAUUGAGAUAUGCGAACAACUCGAACUACAAGAACGACUCCAUGAUUAGGAAGGAAGUCACGGUGUCCGAUGCUGUGUUAGAUGAAAUAGAAAGGAUUAUCACGGACGCGGAAAUCACGAAGGAGGACGAUUCCGAGUGGCCCGAGCCGGAUAGGGUCGGAAGGCAGGAACUCGAGGUCAUUAGUAAUGGAGAGCACAUCUCCUUCACCUGCGCCAAGAUCGGCUCGCUGCUGGACGUCCAAGAAUCGAAAGAUCCGGAAGGAUUGCGGUGCUUCUACUACCUCGUCCAGGACCUCAAGUGCGCGGUCUUUUCCCUGAUCUCGCUGCACUUCAAGAUUAAGCCUAUUCCCUAGU